AUGGGGAAGCACAAACUGGAGGAAAGACACAGAGCCCUGAAGGAUGUCAACAUAGAGAACGUAUUUAAGUAUGUGGUCCGCUGCGGGAUGGGCGGAAGGAAGAAGACGGCUCUGAUUUUUUACCUGUGUAACUCCCUGGAGGAGAGGCACCUGGGACGCAACAACCUGCUGGCGCUGUACCUGAGUCUGCUCCCGUCGCUCGAAGGCCACCUCGGGGAAGUGUUCCAAAGAAGAGCAUCCGCAGGGAGGAAAGAACAGAAGGAGGGAGGACCCCCCCAUGCGAAGGAAUCCGAAUUGCAAUUUUCUCUCCAAUUGAGCAAGUUGAAUCUUCUGUUUAGUUACAUCAUCACUCACGUCUCCUACUUCUUAUCGCUCAGUAUAAAGCACAAAGGGGAUACCUCCCUUGAGCUGUUCAUCCAGCACAUACACGUACGCACAUUUGUGACGCUACAGAAAUUUUUACUGCAGAAAAAGGAAAAUGAGCUCCAAAAAUUGCUAACGCUUAAUCAUUUGAAAAUAUUAUUAACCUUCCUAAUUAACAUUUACAAGCACAAAAUUUAUGAAGUUUUAAAUGAAGAACAGUUAUACAUCAUUUCCAAGUUCAUUUUUUUAAUUAUUUUUUUUUUUGGUAAUAUAGGAGAGAAUUUUAAGGGGGAAAAAUUGUUUGUUUGUUUUUACGAUUUUGUGUAUCACGUGUGUGAGGUUUUUAUGAGUAGAUAUGUGCACCACUUGGGGAGGAAGGGCAAGGGUGCCACUGCCUUGUUGGUGUAUUACCAGAACUUCCUCUCCUUUGUGUGCGACUCUAUGAGGAAGCUCAAAGUUUUGAAACACGUCGAGAGGUACAUUUUGAAUAAUCGGAAGAGCCCCUUCUCAAGUGUUACCCUCCUCAGUGUGGUGAGGAACACCGUGGAGCGUCACCUGCUCCACCCUCAGGGGGAAGAUGCCCCUUUGAUGAGGCUAAAGAGGAGUGAAACCUCCCAGUCGAAUCCCCCCGAGGGGAGUAACCCCACAAAUGAUGAGCAAAAUGGAGAGAACAGCUGCAUCCUCCUCAUGCACAGCAAAACGGUCAGCCAAUUCGUAUUUCUGAAGCUCCUCCGGUUGGUGGAAAUCCUCCUAGUGAAGAAGGACAGAAUUUACUUAACCGUCUAUUUGCACGAGACGAUCGGGAGGGUGGCCACGUCGACGAUGGAAGAAGCGUUCCUCAUUGUUAAUGGAGCCGAUGAGAGGAAGAGCAACCCCGUGAUGGCGAAGAUGAUGACCUACGGCCGGGUGUUUUACCUCUACGAGUACUACUGCAACACCCUUUUUUACAUAAUCAAUCGAACUGAUAAGAAGCAAAAGAGGGAGAGAAGGGGAGAGCUCGGCAGCUCAUCUACUGUCAGUGCGCCCCACGUACACCUACUCAGCAGCAGCUCAUCUACUGUCAAUGCACCCCACAUGUACCUGCUCAACAGCUGCAUUUUUCACCUAUACGAAAUAUACCCGGUGGUGAUCCUCCUCCUGCGUGUAACCCCAAAUGAGGUGCGAACCAUUUUGGGAGGUAACAAUUUCCCCCUCGUUAAAAAAAUGCUGCGUAUUCAAAUCGGAGAGAUGGAGGUCACUCGCAUUGUAAACCUUUCGGUGUUCUUCCUCAACGUGGUGUUGAGAAAUGUGAUGGGGACUUCAUCGGUGGGGCACUACGCCUUCACCAUUUUGAGGUGCCUCCUUUGGAAUGAUAAGAAGUUAAGUAAAUUUUUUCAAACGGUGGUGGGGGAGUAUACUGGGAAAGCAGACGGAUUUGCCCUCAUCGGGUGGCAGCAGGAUAAUUCCCCUCGUGAGAUCUCUUUGGAGGGGGCAGAACGAACCAAACAGAAUGAGGACCCCCAACUUGGGUAUGAUCAUAGUGAUGCUUUGGAUGUUCAGGGGGACCGUGGCUUAAGGAGAGCCCCCCUGAGCAGCGCCAAUCUGGUGGUAAACGAAAAGAACAGUUUUGUCAUCCUGGUGAAUAACUACGUGAAGUUGAAUUGGGCCCAUUUGGGGGGGGAAGCACACCCUGGGGGGUUGCCGUCUGGGAGCGCGAGCGACUUGGCGGACGGCGCAGAGGUGAGGGACGAACUGGGUCGGCCAAGCCGCGCCAGCAGGAGCAGCACCAAUGGAAGCAGCGCCAAUAGAAGCAGCACCAAUGGGGGUAGCACCAAUAGAAGCAACACUAACGGGAGCAGCGCUAAUAGAAGUAACACCAACAGAAGUAGCACCAACCAGAGCAGCACCAAUGGGUGCCUCCCCAGCAGGGGCCACCCCCGCUGCAGCCGCGGAGCCGCCCGAGGAAGGGAAGAAGUCUACACCAAGGCCUACUUCCCGCUGCUGAUGAAGCACCUCCUAUCCCAACUGAUAAAGAGAAAAAAAAGGAAAGCCCAAGACGAUGUGGAGAGCAAUUGUAACAACUACCUAGGCAUAUACAUAAACAAACUGCACUACUACUGCAACAAUAUGUUUACGUAUAAGCCCUUGUUCAAGCAUAACUUCAGCUCGUUUGUGAGGAGCCACCUGACGAAGAAGAAGAGGCACCUGAUCGAGAACGUGGCGUCCUUUAAUCGAAUGUUUAACUUGUAUAGUAGCAAAAAAAAAGGCAGUGAAAAAAAAAAAAAAAAAAAAAAUUUCUUUUUCACGAAUAAAACAUUUGUCCUUUCAAGCAUAGAGAAGAAGCACAGCUACUCCAGUUACACCUCCCUUAGGAAAAUCUUAAAUUACAAAACCUCCUACUUUGACAAUGAGCAUUACUACUUGAGCUUUUUAUUUAAUUUAAAAUUUCUGCACAAUCUGAAUGACUGCAUUAAUGAGUACUUCUUACUGAAGAAGAAUCAGCUGAAUAGGAAAGUCAUUUUUAACAUCAGCUUGAACAUAAAGGAGAAGAUAAAGAAGAUGAAGCCGGGCCCGAAUGAUCUGUGUGUCCACCCGGGGGGAGAUGCUUCCGUCCGCUCGCUGGGCCCCUUGGGGCAAACCGACGUAAAACGGCUAAGCAAAAGUGAAAGCAUCGUUAAGGAUUUUCUGGCCAGUAAAGGAUGCAGACAUUGGAGACCCAAGAGGAGGAAAAAAAAAGAAGGAAAUUCGUUGCUGCAUUUUUUGUUUAUAAAUUACAAUUACUGCGUUUGCAGGAACGACGCUGGUGACCACAUGAGUCGCUUCUUCCUGCUCAUUCUGAAGUCUUUCGAGAGUGCAAUGCCGCAUGUGCACGUAUACAAGUACAUUUCGGCGCUCCUCCUGUUGCUAAUUUCGUUCGUGGAGCGGAGGCCGCUGCCGCACGCGGAUGUGCUGCGGGUUGGUGGUGGAGCAGGCGCAGCAGGAAGGGGAGCAAUAAAAGAAGGAAGAGGGGCAAUCGAAGCGGGAAGCGGCGCAAUCGAAGGGGGCGGCGGAGCUCCGAACUGCUUAGCGAACACGGCGGAGCUCGGUCGAAAGGUGGGCAGGAGCGACCCCGCCUCGCAGGAGGGAGACGGGGCAGGCCAGGCCUCCCCUGUGCGGGGUAACUCAGUGAGCAGAACUUUGCUGCAAGGGGUGGCCAAGGAGUACGCGCGAGUGGAGGAAGAGGUGAUGCGGGAAAUGAAGAGGGUAGGAGCGGGUAGGCCCCCCACACCGGGUAAGUACCCCCUACUGCAGCGAGCGAGCAGCCGCAGGGCAGCCCUGAAGGUGCUGACGGGCACGAUGGACCGGCUGAAGGCACACCUCUUCAGCAACACCUUCCACUACCUGUACGAAGACGUGAGGAAGUACAACAAAUACGUAACGAUGUUGUCUCUUUAUUUUUACAAGCUAUAUUUCACCUUGCUCUAUUGCGAAAUUUACCAGAGGGAUUACCUCCCCGGGAGUGAAGCAGAUUUGAUUAAGAGCAAAAUCGCAGAGCUGACCCCCGUGCUGAGCAUCAAAUAUUUAAACAGGAGCAACAUACACAGUGUGUGUAAAAUGGAAAUUAUAAAAUCGGUGAAGGAGGAUCGAACGGAGAUCAGUGGUCAAGUGGAGGUAACCAACAGCGACGUGGAAAAGUUAUACAUCCUCAUCAUGCAUUACGUAGAAAGUAUGAGGAGGAAGGAGGGCAUCCUCUACACUCUGUACCUCCUGCUCGAUAAAGCCAUUUUCAGAAAUAAGUACAUUCACAAACAUGUAAAGAAAUUAAUUCAUUUUAAAGUGUAUACUUUCCUAAACGACAUGAGAGAGUUUCACGACUACAUCGUUAUCUUCAGCACAUUCUUUUUGCAAAUGAACAUAAUGAGCUACAAUAAGAUCAUACGGAAUUAUAUUUAUUUUAUUUUCGACCAGAUUUUUAAAUUAAAGUUUAACAUUUUAUUUGACAGAGGGUUUCUGUUUUGCUUUUUGAAGAACCUCGAAAAGAGCAGUCUGGAUUAUGCCUUCUCCAAAAUGGUCUACGAGGAAAAAAAAAAAUUCAAAAAUAUUAUGGAUAAGAAGAAAAGCGGCAUGAUAAAGGUCAUUUAUAAAGUCAAUUUGUAUAUUACCAUAAAUUACCUCCUCUUUUUUAAGAUGCUAAAUUGCUGCAGCUUCUUUUUGAACCUCUACUCGUAUUUCUACUAUGAGUUUUACAUUUUCUGCGUGAACAAGUAUGCCAAGAGGCACCGCCAUAGGGAGCAGGACGAGGGGGGGCAGCCACAUCCGCAGCUACUGAAGGGGGGAGACCACCCAGACGGUUCACCAGUACACGCCUCGCUACCACACGGUUCACCAGCACACACCUCGCUGCCAGACGCGUCGCCCCCCCGGGCGAGGAGCGCCCCCAAGAGGAGCCGCAGCGGACGGGCGGCCUUGAAGGGGCUGCACCCGAUAAGCGGCCUCCUGUCCAUGGGGAGCAGCGGGGGGCGCGCAAACUACGGCAUGCUGGGCCGCAGGAGGAGGAAAGUCAACUCCAACUUCUUCGAGACGAACAAGGAGUUUAGCGAGUUCUUCGCGAACAGCAGUGAUGAGUCGCUACAAUCGCGGCAAUCGCGGCAAUCGCGGCAGUCGCGGCAGCGGGGGCAGUCGCCUGAGCCGGGGGAGGCACUUCACCCGGGGGAGCCGCUUCCACCGCUCCCGCCGCUUCAGACGAAGCGCGCCCGCCCCGCGAUGCGGAGCGAGACGCUCAACAACGACGCGAACUAUUUCAAGGUCCUAAAGAAAAUCCGCGGAGGAAACACAUUCAUCUGCAACCUGUAUGACAUUCGAAUCAGCAGGCGGGUGCUCUACCACAAGAAACACAUCAAGGAGUACAUGAACGUCAUCAAUUUUGUGAUUAGCGUUUUCCUAUCCACCAACAUUAAUAACUUGAAUGUUGAUACGCUCAAUAAUAAUUACAUUUAUAUAUUUUCGAAAAUUAUUAAGAAGAACUUCAAAUUUUACUUUUUCUACUUUUAUUAUAACAUCUUCAGAAAGAAGGGCAAGCGGUUUAAGAGCAUCUACAGCGUUAACUUUGACACCAUUGUGGGGAGCGGCACCAUAGGGAGAAGCACCACCGCAGGGAGAAGUACCACCGUGGGGAGAAGCACCACCAUGGGGAGAAGCACCACCAUGGGGAGAAGCACCACCAUGGGGAGAAGCACCACCAUGGGGAGAAGCACCACCAUAGGGAGAAACACCAACGUGUGCAAGCUCAGCAUCAAGAACAAAUAUGUAUACGUCCUUUACACGCUCUCCACCAUCCUCUGCGUGUAUAACUACAAGUACGCCUUUUUCAAUUAUUACUUUUUGGUCUUCUACAAGCUUGUGAAGAUGCUGGCCAAGAUGACUGCGAAGUGCAUCUCGGUGGGGAAUUACCUGGUGGACCGCUUUGGGGGGGGAGCGGCUGUCCCGGCGGAGCACAGCGACUGCGCGGGGGGGGAUUCCACGGAGGGGAGCGCGUCCGACGAGGAAGAGAAGCGGAAAGCACGCUGCAGACUCUGCAGACUCUCUCGUUUGAGCAAAACGGAGAGGAAAUUCCUCGAAAGUGACAUGCAGAUGGUUAAGCGGUACGUGAAUGAGCACAUAAGAGAGAGCAACCUACAAAUGCAAAGGAACCUAUUUAGAAGCGGCAUGCCUCAUAAGUACGUCCUGGAGAGAUACACCACCCUCAUUAACAAUACCCUAUUGCUGCUGUUAUUCACGAACUAUUUGUCGCUCACGUAUGGCAGUAUAAAUCUCGGGGAAAACAAAAUGGUGCAGAGGAAGAUCAGCCUGCUGGAGAAGUACAAACAUUACCUAAUGAAAAAAGUUCUGUACAUUUACCUUUUAAACAUCCCCUAUUUGUGUAACUACCUGGUGGUCACCCUGGAGUUUUGCCUCCUCUUCAGCCGGGCCCUUCUGAGCGUAAAUUAUAGCUCCUUCUCCCUGGCGAGGGAGAUGAAGGCCGUUUUCAGGGACGGCUACAUGUAUCGCCUGACGAACUGCCUGAACGCCUUGCAGAACCUGAAGACCUUCUACCACCUCAGCUGCUACCGCAGCGCCAACUCGUACUUCCACAACUAUAAGAAGGUGCCCGAUGAGAAGUUUGCCUGCUUUGGAGGCAGCGGCGACAUCUGCAUCGACGAACGCGACCAAAGCUGCAGCAGCGUGAGCGAGCACGACGAGUACAUCUACAGAGACGCGUUCAAAGAGGUGAAGCAACUGCUCAAGAAGAAGACCAAGCAGCACAUGCGGGAGCACUUUGAGACCAGCAUGAAGAGCAUUUUCCACCUGUUGGAUUGCUUUAAGGACUUGUCCAACAUUUCCCUUUUCCUUAAUUGCUACCUCCACGCGAAUGCAAAAAUUAGGGAUGUCUACGACAGCCUACACAUACAGAGCAUGAAUAACAUUUAUUUGUAUAAUUUCAAAGCGCUCAAGAUGAAUUACCAUUUCCUAUGCAUCGUGUUUUUGUCCCUCGUCCGGAUUUUCAAUUACACCUCGAGCUUUUUCCACACCUACAGCUUCCUAAUCGAUAUGUAUGCCAAGUACAAAUGUAGCUACUUCCUUUACGAUUGCAGUAUGCGUAAUUUCUUCUCCUUCUUUAAUGUGUACAUUUUUGAGAUGAGCAGGUGUCGGCAGAGGAAGAGCAACUUGGUCAGCUUGAGGAACCAGGUGGGCACCCUGUGCGUCAGUGACAUCUUUAAUUUUAACAAGCUACUGCUCCAGAAGGGAAUUUUAUUUUUGAGUUUUUUUUUCCACAAUUUUGAAAACGUUCUCCCGGACAUCUACUGCGUCAACUGCGCGAAUAAGUACUCUGUUGGCUGCAACGACAGGAACGCCCUCCCCGUGGAUUUGGCGCGGGUGCGCCACGGCCGGAAGGGGAAGACCGCCCCGAGGGGGGCAUCCAGGGGGGAUCCUCCGAGUGGAGUUAUUAGCGGUCACAGCAGCGGAGUUGUUUGCGGGGAGAGCCCCCCUGGAAAGAGGAAGCCAAGCAAGGCCGCUAACCACGCAAAUGGCAGUGAUGGGGAAGACCCCCCACAUGUUGAUGUGGAACGGAGUGGAGAGAACGCCCCCACAGUGAUGGACUCAAACAGGGAAGGGAAGAAACCCCAAGGGGGGUAUUUCGAAAUGUUUUACAAAAGUGAAGGGGAUAAGAAGAUGGCCACUUCGGCGGAGCAUGCAGGUGGAGCAGGCCCCCUUGAGAAUGACGCCAAUGUGCAGAGGGGCAUAAAAACGGAUGAGGAAGAAAUUCAUUUUGGAGUAAAUCCAACGGAUGAACAUUUCCAGCAGAUUGACGCACAGAAGGGGGGCCAUUCCUCGGGGGAGAAGCUCCACAGGGAGGAUAGCCAGCUCGCUAGGGAGGCAGCCACCCCCGCACACACAAAUGAAACAUCGCGACGAGGUAAGAAGGGCACCCAAACGGCAAAUGAUAAUCGCAAUAAUCACAAUGCGAAUGAGACGCGUAGUAGCGCCGGAGGGAUCCUCUCCUAUUUCAGAAAUAAAGUGGCCCGGAUGGGCAACAAAAAGGCAGCGGGGGGGAAGGAACGGCUGAAGAAGAAAACGGCAAAUGGCUACUCCUUUGGUGACGAUUUUGCAGAAUCGGAGGAGCAUGCGAGGUGUAGUUCCUGCGGGGGGAACAACAGCGACUGGGGCGGGCGAAACCUGAUGAGCGCUUCGCGGACCCCCAAGAGGGGCGCCAACAUGAGGGGGGAGGGCGACGCGGUUGAUGAAAGCGAUGAGGAGAAUGCCCAGGAGGGUGGAAACUGCGACGAGGGUGGGGGGCGUGGCACUCGGGAUGGAGGCCACCACGCGCAGCAGAGUCACCGCCUUCAACACAGCCACCUCCUUCAACACCGCGACACGGACGAGCUGUGCUCGCGGAGGGCGCGGGAGAAGGACGUGGAGCUGCUGAACGCGUACAAGUACCUGCUGAACUACCAGAAGGGAAACAAGAGGAGGCUCUACGACUACCACCUGAAGGAGGAGCUGCGCUGCAUGUGCAUAAACAAGUACAUCCACAUCUGCAACCUUAUCUAUAACUGCCUCAUGUAUAUGUACGAGCUGAAAUGCAAAUAUAAGGACAUGAAGAAGAGGAGGUUCUGCCUCUUUGCCUACACCCCGUUCAGAAGGAAAAGGGAACUCAGCGGUGCGCAUAGCUCCAAGGUAAAAAACGAAAUUGUCAUCAACACGAGGCAUCUCCUUAACCUGGAUUUCAUCAUAAUGAGCACUCUGUACCUGGCGGAGAGUAUCUACAUUAACCUGUAUAAGUGUAAGCUCUUCACAGAUAUGUGCAUUUUUAAUAAUAUAAAAUACGUGUGCUUGGAAAAUAGCGAGACGAAGAAGAAGAAUAGUUACCCACAUGGAGAGCAUGUGGACCAUUCGGGAAGCAAUCGGAAUAACGUCUCGUCCACUUCGGAGAGGAAGCAGAGGAGGGACGCGGAGGGGAGCGCGUACCAGGCGAGUGCCAAUGGGGGCAGCUCCCUCAGUACGCGCGAUGUGCCUGAGGAGGAUUGCGGUGAGAACUGCGUUUGGGACAGCGAAGGUCGCGGUGAGGACGUCGGUGCGUGCAAAGCCACCCGUGUGAAUUACGGCGGGGAGAAAAUGAAGCGGGGCGCGGGCAGCCGCGGGGGCAGCGGCAAAGGCAAUGGAAGCCACAUCUGCAGCGAUAGCGACACCGAGAGCAGCAGCGACAGCAGCGGGGGGAGCAGGGCGAAGAGGGGGCAGAACAAAGCCAGCAGCAGGAACGGGAGGAAGAAGAAGCAGCAGCAGAAGCAGCAGCAGAAGAAGCAGAAGAAGAGUGUGAGCAGGAUGGCCUUCUUCCUGAAGAGAAGGAAAAAGCACGAAGCGCCCCAAAGCCCCAAGAACCUGUCCGUAAACAACUACCUGUUCGCGGACAAGAACGUUUCGAAAAAAAGCUGCAAAGUUAAGGAGCCGCCGAUUAACUACUUUCAAAACUACAAGAUUCUGUCGGACAGCUACAAGGCCAAGCUGGCCCGGAUGAAGAAGAAGAAGAGGAAGAAGGAGAAGGGGAAGAAGAAGCAGAAGCGGGAGAAGAAGCGGGAGAAAAAGGGGGAUAAGGGGAAGACGAAAAAGGGACCCCCCAGGGAAGCAAUCAGAUCGACGAGCGGCAGCGCCCUUUACCACUACGAUGGGGUGUACCGGAUUGACGAGGAGCAUACGGAUGGGGAGAAGCCGCGUGGGAAGGCCAAGUGGAACUUGCGCAGUUUUUUCUUUGGGCGAAAAAGGAGGGAUAGAGGCCCCUCCCCCCGUGGGAGCACCCCCCACGAAAGGGGAAACAUUUCUACUGCCUAUCAUUCAAGCGAACCGGUCCGAAUAAACAACCUGUUCGUGAAGCACAAAUCCAGGAGCAUCAAAAAGAGCAACAUGAAUCGGCUGCUCCAAAUGGACCUUGGGGACCUGGAGGAGGAAAACCUCGAUCGGAUAAAACACCUAUUCAUAACGUUUAACAAUAAUUAUAAGGAGAAAAAAAUCAGUGGCUACAUCAGCAACAUAUUCAGCUACACCUCCCUGCAUUCGAACUUCAACGUGUGCUAUAGGAGGCACUUUGAAAUCUGCGGCCACAAGAUAAACGUGGGCAGGGGGUUGCUCAAGGCACUUUACUCCUACUACUACAGGCACAAUUUGUCUACAUUUUACAAGCUAUUUAAAAAAAUAGAAUAUAUAUAUGUGUACCUAAAUUUGCAUUUUUAUAAUUCUCUCUUUAAUGUGGAAGUGAAGGACGUGAGGGAAGUGAACGACGAUAUUAAUAAGUACUCCCUGUUUAUGGUAGCGAAAUAUAUUAAGAGGCACCUGCACAGCAACCCCAAGCUGUACGCUGCCUUCAUAGUGAAGGUCAUCAAUUUCGCAAAUAAUGGGAUUCACAAAAUGGCCAACUUCUUAUGCCUCUAUCGGUAUAGGGACCUGCUGAAUGCCCUCCACCAGUACUUGAUCCAAGUGAGCAUAAGCAACAAACUGACGAUGAAUAAAUAUAAUUUAUUUCUGCUGAGAAAGAACAAGCUGGCCUACGUGCCCAUCUCGAAUGUGUUAUUCCUCCAUUGCAAUCAGUUUAGCCUGAAUGAUAUUAUAAAAAUUUUGUACUGCCACCCGCAGUAUGGUCUCUUCCUUAGAACGGUGGCCGUCAGCAAUUUGGUCUACUGGUACAAAAAGAGCUCCAUCACGAAUUGUAUUUAUUUGCAGCUUUUUGAGUACUUGAAGGUCGACCUGGGGAACCGCGUUUUUUUCUUCAUCCUGUUUUUCUCCCUCCAGUCCUUCCGCUUCCUCUACCAGUUCUUCCUGAACCUGCACACCUACAUUGACAAUGAGUGCUUGCUGGAUGGGGAGCCCAGGGGGGAAGCGCACCUUGCAAGCACGUUGGGUGGCCAGCACAUUAUAAGCACGUUGGGUGAGCAGCACAUUAUAAGCACUCUAGACGAGCAACACAUUGUGAGCACUCUAGACGAGCAGCAGAUGGACCACCAGUGCGUGCUGUUCAACGCGGAGGUGUUCGCCCGCAGGACGAACCUGGUGAGAACCCUGCUGGCGCUUCUCUUCCCCAAGAAGAGCAAAAGGAGCCUCCCCCCUGGAGGGAAAAGCGACAAACACGGGGACACCACAACUGGUAUUGGCGGCAUUAGCAGCACUGGCAUGACUAGCGGCAAAAAUCAAAAAGGCAUCAACAUAAAUAAUUUUAUCUUUUUUAAAUACCAAAGUUACGUGAAGAAGCCCCACGUUUUGUCCUUAAAAUGCUUCCUCAUUAAAAAAUUAUUAUUUCAUAAUUUGGGGGAAAAGAGUAGGAAGGCCCUGAUGGAGUCGUGCCGAUUUCACAACAAUAUUUUUUGCACUAGUCAGAGGGCGGCCCAGUUGGAGAGGAAUAUUCAACUGGACUUUGUAAAAAUGGAAAUUAAGAAUUUGCUAAACGGUAUGGAUGUGCAGAGGGUGAAGUUGCUCACCAGCAGCAAUGUCGUUUGGGGCGUCUCCGAUGAGGUGAAGAUCCUCAUGUCCGCCACGAGGACGCCCAUUCUGCUGACCUUCCAGACAAGCAGGCGGGAUGUACGCGUGGUGGGUGGCGCGAUGAGUGCUACCAUGAGCGGAACCGCAGUUGGGAGUAUGCCGGGUCGUCACGCGGGGGAGACCUUGGCAGAGGACCGCGUGCGCGCAGAACGAACGCACCCCCGCAUGUGGUCCCUUCCCAGCGUCAGGAUGGCAAUUUUGGGUGGCGGUGCGGAUGGACCCACAGAUGAUGCUCCCGUUAAUGGACCCACAUAUGACUCCCCCUCAAAGCCGAGCGAUAGCAGCUUGCUCAUCAGCGGAGGAGACGCCCCCCUUGGGGGAAGCACCCCGGAGGCUGCAACGAGUGGUUCCCAAAAAAGGCCACAUGGUCACUACCUAUCGAGUGAGCAACACAAGGGGAGCGCACUCACCUACGAACAUGCCAGCGUCGAUUCCAUAAAGAGAAGCGGCGAGUUGCCAGAAAAAAACACCCACGGUAGCAGUUGUGGUGGCACCCUCCCUUCCCCACACAGUUCCCUUUUCACCCCCCCAAAAACGAACAGAAUUUGCGAAGAUGUGUCCUACAUAUACAAAGUUAAUGAUGAUGUGAGGCAAGACAAACUCGUUAUACAAAUUAUUCACAUUUUCAUUCACAUCCUGAGUGAUUAUAAAUCGUUUUAUAAUUUAUUUCCGUACAACAUCGUGACGAAUAAGUAUGGCAAUGUGCAUGCGAGGGGAGCCGGGGGGGACCGCAAUGAGGGCGGCGCCGCGGAUGGGGCGAACGAGGGAAAGACGCAGAAUGGGCGCAAGUUCUCCUUCUCCUUCCGCCUCUUCAGGAAGAGGAAGAGCAAAAAGGAUCACCCCAAAGGGGAAGGAAGCAAAACAGAGCGCGCCGGGGGAAACCCUAUCAAAAGGGACCCCUCGCAGAACAGCACCAUCCCGCGAGGCAACCCCGACCGCGCCGAUCUAAACACCCCUCUGCGGGGGGAAACACACCUGGAGCGAAGCAUAAUUCCGUACGUGCCCGAACACCCUAGCGGGAACUCCAAAAGGGUAGAAACAUCCAGCAAAAAAAAAAAAAAAAAAAAAAAAAAAAAAUUCGAAAAUUUCGGGGCAGUUAUAGAAGUAUUAGCAAAUACAAAAAGCAGACAUGAAAUAGGAAGGAAGUAUAAAAACAUAAUCAAAUUUUACCACCUGAAGUUUUCUCACAUCAACACGUAUAUCUACGCCUUGAAGAAUUUCAUCUGCUCCCUGGCCGCCUACUCCCUCCUGUCCUUUGUUUUGCAAGUGAAGGACCGGCACAACGGCAACUUGCUGUUCGACGACUAUGGAAAUAUUAUCCACAUUGACUUUGGCUACAUCUUGAAUAUUUACCCGGGCAUCUCCAUAAACUUCGAACUGGCCCCCUUUAAGUUGACGAGAGAAAUGAUCAUGCUGCUCACCAUCAAAAGUCAGAAGAAGCAGUAUUUUAUUUUCACCUACAUUCAGCUGGUCGUCAAGGGGUACCUGCUGCUGAGGGAAAAGAGCGACUGGCUCAUUUCGUCCAUUCUGAGUCUCUCCCACUCGGACAUCAACUGCUUUAAGUACAACACGGUGGAGAAGCUCAGGAAACGCCUCAAACUUAACAAAAGCGAUAACGACGCCAGCAUUUUUAUGAUAAACAAAAUCCACCAGGCGUACAACAACAUCACGACGAUUAUGUACGACUACAUUCAGAACAUCCAGCAGGGGAUUCAGUAA